CGUCCUCCUCCGACCCACAUGAGCGAAAUCCUUCAUUUAUAAAAACCCCCCGACAUUCGUCUCUCUAUCUCUUCAGGUACCUCUGCAUCUUCUCUGUCUCUCAUAUUUUUGCAGUGAGAUAUUGAGAGAGAAGCACAAUAAUGGCUCUCACAAGCAGCAGCUCCGCGAUUCCCUCCAAAUAUUUUAUUCAAACUCAAUCUUCUCUCCUGUUCUCCCCCAAACCCCACCAACCAUCCAUCCCCGUCAAGCCCAGAUCACUCCCUUCUAUCUCGGCUGUCCAUGCUGCCGAACCCGCCAAGAACCCCAUCGUCUCCGAUAAGCCGCCGAAGCAGCAAAUAGCACCAACCCCAGCGCCGUCACCGACAACGACCCGCAAUGCGGUUCCUGGGACGUGGAGCGUGGACAGCUGGAAGACUAAGAAGGCUCUCCAGCUGCCCGAGUACCCGGAUCAGCAGGAGCUCGAGUCGGUGCUUCGGACCCUCGAUGCGUUCCCUCCGAUCGUGUUCGCUGGAGAGGCGAGGAGCCUUGAGGAACGGCUCGCCGAGGCCGCCAUGGGCAACGCUUUUCUUCUUCAAGGCGGGGAUUGCGCCGAGAGCUUCAAGGAAUUCAAUGCCAAUAACAUCCGUGACACGUUCAGAAUCCUCCUCCAAAUGGGUGCUGUUUUAAUGUUCGGAGGUCAAAUGCCCGUUGUCAAGGUGGGGAGAAUGGCGGGUCAGUUUGCGAAGCCGAGAUCAGACCCGUUUGAGGAGAAGAACGGUGUGAAGUUGCCUAGCUAUAGGGGAGACAAUGUGAACGGAGAUGCUUUCAACGAGAAAUCGAGGAUUCCGGAUCCUCAGAGAUUGAUUAGGGCCUACUGUCAAUCUGCAGCCACUCUGAAUCUUCUGAGGGCCUUCGCUACCGGAGGUUAUGCUGCCAUGCAAAGGGUCACCCAGUGGAAUUUGGAUUUCACGGAGCACAGCGAGCAGGGAGAUAGGUACCGGGAACUAGCCAAUCGGGUUGAUGAGGCCCUUGGAUUCAUGUCUGCAGCUGGGCUCACUGUUGACCAUCCUAUUAUGACAACAACUGAGUUUUGGACAUCCCAUGAGUGCUUGCUCUUGCCAUAUGAGCAGUCGCUUACUAGGAUGGAUUCAACUUCAGGCCUUUACUAUGACUGCUCUGCCCAUUUUCUUUGGGCUGGGGAACGUACCAGGCAGCUGGAUGGUGCCCAUGUCGAGUUUCUAAGAGGGAUUGCUAAUCCCCUUGGCAUUAAGGUCAGUGAUAAGAUGGAUCCAAAUGAGCUUGUCAGGCUCAUUGAAAUUUUGAACCCUCAGAACAAACCUGGGAGGAUAACAAUAAUCACAAGAAUGGGAGCUGAAAAUAUGAGAGUGAAACUUCCCCAUCUAAUUAGGGCAGUCCGCAGAGCAGGUCAAGUUGUUACAUGGGUUAGUGAUCCUAUGCAUGGAAACACAAUAAAGGCUCCUUGCGGUCUCAAAACUCGCCCCUUCGAUUCCAUCAGGGCUGAAGUGAGAGCAUUCUUUGACGUGCAUGAGCAAGAAGGAAGCCACCCAGGAGGAGUUCAUCUAGAGAUGACGGGCCAGAACGUGACAGAGUGCAUUGGUGGGUCUCGAACUGUGACAUUCGAUGACCUAAGUUCGCGGUACCACACCCACUGUGAUCCUAGGCUCAAUGCAUCACAAUCUCUUGAGCUUGCUUUCAUCAUCGCCGAGCGCCUGAGAAAGAGGAGGAUCAGAUCUCAGCAAUCUGUUGAGUCCUUUGGGAUCUAGAGGGGCUUUGAAGUGUUCUCACCAGCAUGUUUGUUCUCUAAGUCAAUAGUAGCUGUGCUAGCAUUAUCACUUUUGAAUCUUUUUUUAGUCAUUUUAUGUUGUGUAUUGUACGUGUAUACUGAAAGAAAUCGACGGUAUGAGACUAUUAAAGGGAAGCGGAAUAAAUGCAAAAGAUGUGACCGCAUUUUAUA